CAGUAGUUUCAGCUAUGGGGCAAUGGCUGAGGAAGGGUUUGCUUGUGUGUGCUAUAGGACUGAAGGUCUGAAUGGUGACAGUGGCCUGAACUGUGGGGCAGCAGUUUUGGCUGUGGGGCAGUAGCUUCAUGCUAGGGGUUCAGAGAUGAGGCAGGUGAGGAGAUCAGGCUCAGCUAUGGGGCAGUGAAAUGGGCUGCUGUUGUCACCUAUGUAGCUGCAGUUUUGCCAAGAAGCAUCCAAUUCAGUAAUGGAGUAGUAGCAGAGGCUGGUGGCCCUGGCUGUGGGAUAGAGGUUUUGGUGGUGGAUCCAGUGGCUUUGCUAUGUGGCAGUGCCAGUAGCAAGACCCUAUGUCCCCAGCCAGUACUCCUGCCAUUGGCUAGAGACUCCAGCUGUGGAGACAGCAUCCUGACACCCUGCUCCAUGUGUUUCCACAGGCAAGAUGUGGGUUGCAGAGGGGCCAGCCCCAGACCAGUGGAGCCUGCGGGAUGGGGCUCACGCUGGGCAUUUCCUGGCUGUGGCUGACCAACUCCGCACUGCAGGACAGCUGGUGGAUGUGACUGUGGGCCCAGAGGGUGACAUGGCCCAUGCUGUGGUCCUGGCCUCCAUCAGCUCCUUCUUCCACCGCUUCCUGGAGGGCAGGACCACACAACUCCGCCAAGAUCCUCCACCCCAUGUCCCCCUGCCACCUGGGGCCACGCUGUGGGGCUGGCGGGCUGUGCUCACCUUUGCCUAUGGGGGAAUUGUGCCCUAUGGCCGACUGAAAGAGGUGGAGGAGGCUGCCCGGGCCCUAGGUGCCUCCCGGCUGGUGGCUGCCUGUGCCCUGCGUCUGGAGACUGACCGCCAGGAAGAAGGUCCUAAGCCCCUGGAGGAGCAGUGGGAGACACUAAGAGCCAUGGAGCAGCUCCAUGCCAAUGGUGUGGGCUGUGACCUCCAGCUCCAGGCAGGGAAUGAGGUCAUCCCAGUUCAGCGACUGGCCCUGAGCUGCUCCUGUGACUUCUUCCGGGCCCUUUUCACCUGCCCCAUGCGGGAGGCCACCCACGACCCUGCUGACCCGCUGGUCACAGGGCUGUCCCCAGCCGAACUGCGUCUCCUCCUCUCCUUUGCCUACACAGGAGCUGUGGCAGGGCCAUGGCCCAUGGUCUUGGAGGCAGCUGAGACCUCCCUGCGCUACCAGGCCUGGGGGCUCCUCACUCUCUGCCUGGAUGUUUUCACCCAUGGCCUGACCCCAGAAAUUGUCCCUGAUGUACUGGCCUUUGCUGUGGCCUAUGGGUUGGAUGAGGUGGUCCGUGUAGCAGAGAACUACAUCCUGGCCACCUUCCCCUGUGUGGUGGUUACACCGUCCUUCCUGGAUCUUCCUGCACAUCUUCUCAUCCGCCUCCUCCGCUCUGAUGGUCUCAAUGUUCUCCAUGAACUGGAAACCUUGGAAGCAGCAUCUCGGUGGCUUAUGGCCAAUGGAGAUGGCCGGGAGGAUCUAGCCAAAGAGAUCCUGUCAUCUGUUCGCUUUGCCCUCAUGUCCAGCCUGGAGCUGAAGAAGGUCCCAUCUGUGACUGCAGGGGUAGCUGACCCAAAGGUCCUCCGUGAGCUCAUGAUAGCAAGUUUUGCCCCUAUGGCCCAGCUGCCAUGUCGGGUACGUUCCCUGCAGGAGGUGUUGGUGGUUUGUGGUGGAGACAAAGUAAAGGGCAACCUGGCUGCCCGGAAGCCCAGCAGACACCUCUGGUUUGCAGACCGCUACCUCAGUGCUGUGGGGCUGGUGAAGCAGGUUGAGUGGCGGGCACUGGGACACUUUCCUGAUGGCCCACGCUUCCGUCAUGCUGUAACUGUGGUGGGCAACAACCUCUACGUCCUGGGUGGAAAGCACUACUACGGGGUCCAUGACACCCUAGCCAGUGUCUACAGGUACCAGCCUAUGGAUGAUUCUUGGGAGCGUCUGGCCAGUAUGACAUGUGGACGAAGCUACUUUGCUGCUGUGGCACUUGGUAAUUUCAUCUAUGCCCUGGGGGGAAGCUCAGGGGAGCUCUACUGCACAGACACUGUGGAGUGCUACAACCUGGCCAGUGACACCUGGAGGAGGUGCCAGCCCCUGCCAAUGGCUCUGUGUGGGCAUGCAGCAUGUGCCCUGGAUGGUGAGCUCUACGUGUCAGGUGGUUGUGAUGAAGCAUACCAGUGUCAGGCAUCCUUGCUCCGCUAUGUCCCAGGUGCACCUGUCACAUUCCUGGCCCCCAUGAAUGGCCAGCGAGCUGGCCACAUCAUGGAGGAGGCAGGUACCCGGCGCUGGAUCACCCGCGGCACCUUGCCCCAUGCAUAUACUGACCUACAAGCCUGUGUUCUCACUGUACCUCCUGCCUUGCGUGCCCCCAGCUGCCUUAAGGACCCCUUGAGAUCAACUGAAACUCCCAAUAAUGCUUAGGGUAUACUCUCUGCAUCCAAUACUGGGAUAGCCAAGUAGCAUCUAUGGAUACCACUAUGAGACAAAAGUGUCCAGAUCCCUCUCCCAGGUUUCUCCUGUGGUUUCCAGCAACCCUUCACCCUCAGGGUACAUGAGCUAGACUGUUGUGAACCUAUGAACUUAAAGAUUCCCCACACUGUAGCCCUGUGCCUCCAGGAAUAUCAAUCCCCUUGUCUGAGCCCUUCACUGGGAGCUGGGAAUCCCCCAAUAUUCCCCCUCACCUGGGUUGAAUAAAAGUGCUUCCUAAACUGUC